GUAGGUGGGGGAGGGGAGAGCGAGGUGAAAUAUUAACACGCAGCGGACGGAGCCCUCACGGACCAGCCCAGCCGGAACGCCCGGGCAUCAGCUGUCAUCGAGAAGACUUGGCAGGCAGGUCCUGCUGGCGCACAUUAGCCUUGGGGCAGCAGGUUUUACAAAGGAAGUGAACUGUUCUACUUCUAGAGUUUUUCCAGUUUUUUUCUAUAAAUCAAAACAGCUCAGAAUGGAGGCCUAAAACCCUUAAAGGGACUUAGUCUAAUCUCUGGGAGGUAGUUUUGUGCAUGAAUAAACAAAUUAAGUAGUUAAUGAGAGUUUGUAGCAUCCAAAGAAUGUUAUACCUUUAAAAAUAUGAUCUAGUUAUGAGGUAUAACUAUAAAGUAAUAUUGAGUUUGAUUUUGAAUUUGACUGAAAAGGUGAUGGUACUUGGGACACAUUGUUGAAGCACUCUUCAAGGUUGGCUGGGCAAUCUCCCACGGGCUGCUGUGUAGAAUAGAAAAAAGUACUUGUGUUUGUUAAAGAUUUAAAAAUGAGUGACAGUUAUCUAGAACAAAAAGUUUAUAUUCAACCUCCUGCUAAAUUACAGAAAUAUGCUGAAGAGAACUUUGACUUCUACAAUGACAAAAAAUGUCAAGAACAAAACUUUUUAAUAGGUACAACAAAUGUAGAGAAAGUAGGAAAGAUGAACUUGAUGAUUGGUGAAGAAAUUAUGUAACUAUGAUAAAACUAUUGCUAUUUUAAAGUCUAAAGUUUAGUUUGUUCAAAUGGGCUAUUAUCUCUGAGAAUGGUACAAAUAAAGAUGAUGGCUAGAUGGUUACAUUUUGGUGAAGGAACAAACUUAUUCAGAAAGAAAAUUUACACAGAGAUGAUAAUAAACACCAAAACGUUUUUUUAUAACAAUGGUGUAAAAUUUUUGACCAGUGAAAGGAAAGCUGAAAUUAGACAUAACUCACCUUUGAGAUAUGUUUCUUCUGCUACCUGGAAAUAAAGCUUUAAAGUCUACAACAGAAAAUCCGAGCCUCAAAAAAAGAAAGGAAGGAAGGAAGGAAGGAAGGAAGGAAGGAAGAAAGAAAGAAAGAAAGAAAGAAAGAAAGAAAGAAAGAAAGAAAGAAAGAAAGAAAGAAAGAAAGAAAAAAAAAGAAAGAAAGGUAGAAAAAUCCCUACAUCCGCAGGACCAGGAAACCAUGCCUGUUAGUCACUGCUAGAAAAACCAUGAUGACUUGUUCAAAGGUCUUUGUUCAAAAAGAGUAGAUUGUGUCAAAAUAAAUUUAUUAUUUUUUAUGUCGAUAAAUUCUAGCUCAAGGUACACUAUCUGUGAUAUAAUUUCUGACCAAAGUCACAUUUGUACCAUUUGCUUAUCCAAGUUAGGCUAUAGACUCACCACUCUUGACUUUUGACUUUUUUAAAAUAAAUCCAGCCCUGGCUGGUGGUGUAGCUCAGUCGAGUGCAGGCUGCGAACCAAAGGAUUGCCAGUUUGAUUCCCAGUCAGGGCACAUGCCUGAGUUGCAGGCCAGGUCCCCAGUGGGGGCCACCUGAGAGGCAACCACACAUUGAUGUUUCUCUCUCUCCCUCCCUUUCCUUGUCUAAAAAUAAAUAAAAUCUUAAGAAAAAAAAUCCACUACCAGAGUAGAAGAUAUGAUAUUGGCUCUCAACAGCAUGAAGCCGAGUUUAAAAAACCUGUUGAGCAAAUACAUUCAUCUCUGAUAAUUUAUUUAAAAUAGAAUGUCUAAUUUGCUAAGAUUUGAUGGUAUCAUUAUUACAAAGCAACUCAGUUCCUAUCUAUGGAAAAUAAUAAUUAUUUAUUAAAUCUUAAACAAGGUCUUAACACAUAUCUGUCAAUUCUGUUACUACUUUAGCUCUAUCUGGAAGAAAAUUAUAGAUUGAUUAGUUCUCCCUAUUGAAGUGAUUGUAGGGAAUAAAUUACUUAAUUUGAGCAAGACUUCAGAUAUACUAUAUUUCAUUGACUCUAAGAUGUCAUCAAUUAUAAAGUAUAUCAUUAUUUUAUAUACCUCCAAGAAAUAAAAAUGCUGCUAAUUAAAUAUGAUAUUUAAAUUGUCCUUUUAAAUAUCAUAUCUAAAGAUACCUCUCUAUACCGGAGAUAUUAAAACAUGCAUCUUACAAUCAGUGAACUAUGGUAAUGUAUUCUUGUCCUCCUAACACUUUUUUUCCCUGACUACCAAAUUUCACAAUUGAAAUAAAGCAAAAUAAACAUAGUUUGAAUAUUUUUUCCACAGAGUGUGUAUAGAGCGUAACUUUCCGUCAUGAAAGCAAGCCAGCUGAGUCAGACAUUUUACCUUUAGGCUGGCUGACUGUCACUGAAGCCUUCUAGUGGAGAAGUUGAUCCACCUGUGGAACACCUGACAGACACUAAAUGGCGUCUUGAUGACCUAAAGCACUCUACACUUUCAUGAAGGGUUUUAUUUUCAUCACGAGGUACUGUGUAGCAUCACGUUUACAUUGUCCAAUUGUACAAAGGUGCUCUUCAUUACAUAAUUGCCCCUUAAGAUGUAUCAGUGUAGGACUUUAAUCUUGCUGUGCUGAAACCCUGAAGACAGGAGAAAAAAGAACAGAUUUUCCAUUCUAGGUGUCCCACCUAGUACUAAAAUUAACAAAAAUCAAAAGUCAUGCACAAAACUACCUCCCUAGAGAAAGGCUAGUCCCUUUUCCUCCCCAUCCAUUUCUUUAUGAACAUAGUAGAAGACAGCAAAUUCUUAUCAAAUCUGAUGAAAAACGCCAACAUGUUUGAACUGAAAUACGACUUUUCAUGUGAACUGUUCCGAAUGUCUACAUAUUCAACUUUCCCCACUGCUGUUCCUGUGUCGGAAAGGAGUCUCGCCCGUGCGGGAUUUUACUAUACUGGUGUGAAUGACAAGGUCAAAUGUUUCUGUUGUGGCCUGAUGCUGGAUAACUGGAAACAAGGAGACAACCCUAUUGAGAAGCAUAAAAAGUUGUAUCCUAGCUGUAGCUUUGUUCAGAAACUAAAUUCAGGUAACAUUUCGGGAGCCGCCUUUCAGUUUAAUUUGCCUUUUUCAGUGACAAAUUCCACACAUUUAUUACUUCCAAGUUCAGAAAACAUUGGUUAUUUCAGUGGCUCUUAUUCAAGCUUUCCCUCAAGCCCUGUAAACUCCGAAGCAAAUCAAGAUAUUUCCGCCUUGAGAAGUCCCAACUAUGGCCUGAUGAGUACUGAAAACGCCAGAUUACUCACUUUCCAGAUGUGGCCAUCGACCCGCCCGUCGCCAACAGAUCUGGCAAAAGCAGGUUUCUACUACGUGGGACCCGGAGACAGAGUGGCUUGCUAUGCCUGUGGUGGAAAAUUGAGCAACUGGGAACCGGAUGAUGAUGCUAUGACAGAACACCUGAGGCAUUUCCCCAAAUGCCCAUUUUUGGAAAGUCAGCCUCAAGACACUUCGAGAUACAGUAUUUCUAACCUGAGCAUGCAGACACAGGCAGCACGUUUCAAAACAUUCAGUAGCUGGCCCGCUAGUGUUCCCAUUCAUCCUGAGCAGCUUGCAAGCGCCGGCUUCUAUUACAUGGGUUACAACGAUGAUGUCAAAUGUUUUUGCUGUGAUGGCGGACUGAGGUGUUGGGAACCUGGAGAUGACCCAUGGGUGGAACAUGCCAAGUGGUUUCCAAGGUGUGAGUACUUGAUACGAGUUAAAGGACAAGAGUUCAUCAGUCGAAUUCAAGCCAGUUACCCUUAUCUACUUGAACAGCUGUUAUCUACUUCAGACAAUCCAGAAGAUGAAAAUGCAGAGUCACCAAUUAUUCAUUAUGGACCAGGAGAGAACCGUUCAGAAGAUGCGGUCAUGAUGAAUACACCUGUGGUUAAAGCUGCCUUGGAAAUGGGCUUCAGUAGAAGGCUGGUCAAACAGACAGUUCAGAGUAAAAUCCUAACAAGUGGAGAGAAUUACAAAGUCGUCAGUGACCUUGUAUUAGAUUUACUUAAUGCUGAAGAUGAAAUAAGAGAAGAGGAGAAAGAAAGAGCAACUGAGGAAGAAGAAUCAGAUGAUCUAUCAUGUAUCCGGAAAAGUAGAAUGGCACUUUUUCAACAUUUGACUUGUGUGCUUCCAAUCUUGGAUAGUCUACUAAUUGCCAGAGUGAUUAAUGAACAAGAACAUGAAGUUAUUAAACAGAAAACACAGACAUAUUUGCAAGCAAGAGAACUGAUUGAUACUGUUAUAGUAAAAGGAAAUUUUGCAGCCACCGUAUUCAGAAAGUCUCUACAAGAAAUUGACCCCAUAUUAUACAAGCGUUUAUUUGUGCGACAGGACAUAAAGUAUAUUCCCACAGAAAAUAUUUCAGAUUUACCAGUGGAAGAACAAUUGAGGAGACUGCAAGAAGAAAGAACAUGUAAAGUCUGUAUGGACAAAGAAGUGUCCAUAGUGUUUAUUCCUUGUGGUCAUCUAGCAGUAUGCAAGGAGUGUGCCCCUUCUCUAAGAAAAUGCCCUAUUUGUAGAGGUACAAUCAAGGGUACAGUUCGUACAUUUCUUUCAUGAAGACGACCCUAAAUUUUAGAAUUAAUGGAUUAAAUAUAUUGUAAUUUUAACUUUA